CUUUGUAGCAAGUCGCAUAAUACUGGCAUUCUUGUGAGAAAUGAAACAUAUUAAGUUAUAUUAUUCAAUUUGAUAAAUUGAUACAACAUGUUAUGUUCCAAGUUGAGACACAAAACAGUUAUGAUGUUAUGUAAUCAAUUUUUGGUUAUUGUCCCAAUGCAAAGAAUUGUCAUGUCAUAUAUAAUGUAUUGUAUUGUUUUGUAUUCAUUCCAUUGCGAGCUCAACAAAUAUACGUAUCGACAAGCCUUAUUCCGACUUUGUUUGUUAUUUGCAGCUUUGCAGAUAGUGCACCAAGACAAAUUACGUCAUUUGCAUCAAACGAGCAAAAGAUUAACAAAUCCAGCGAUGAAAGACCUGAUGAAGUAUGUAAUGAUAUCCACUUUGAUUUCAUUCAUGAUGAUGAAUACUGUUGCCAUGACAACAAAUAACCGUGUCCUUCUGAGUGGAGUGUUGGUGGCUUCGGCUCUUGCUGCGUCUCAUGGAGACUACAUCUUUAGUCCACUAGAGUUGGCAACAUUGACGACUGUCGUUCUUGUUUUGAACUUUCCAAGGAAAGUUUCAGAAUCCUCAGAGUCUUGCACGGCACCGGGGUAUACGGCUGACCCCGUGUUGGGAUGCUAUCGUCUGUAUACUGAACCUAAGACCAAUACUGACGCCAGACAACAGUGUGCUAAUGAUGGAGGACGGCUCCUGUUAAUGAACUCUGAAGCCGAGUAUGAGAGAGUGAAAUCCUUCGUUGUACAAAAUUCGCUCAUCGGCGUUUGGAUUCAGGGAUCGAGAAGUUCCUUUUCCUCGCCAUGGUUAACUGACAAUGGCGACCCUCUUCCUUACCUUGGCCCAGCUUAUGUGGAGAUUGCUUCACCUACGGCAUUAGCAUUCGUAAUGAAUGCAGUAGGAGCUACUGGCGGAGUAGAAGGCACAAGUAAUGUCCCUUUUAUUUGUGAAAUUUGAUACUCUAAACAAUAAAGAGGAAU